UCUUGCAGUGUACAUCGUUGAUAAUCUGGCGCUUUAUCACCCUCUUAAAAUAAGUUAAAAGAACGCUACGAUUAUUAAUUUCUUUAUAUUCAAUUGUUUCUAAACACUCAGUUAUCGUUGAGUAUUUAUCGUUGAGUAUUUAUCGUUGAGUAUUUAUCAAUAUAAUACAUGUAUUCUCUCAUUGCAUCGAUAGAAAUUUAAAGUGAUAUUUAUCAAUAAAUAUAUAUAUAUAUAUACAUACUAAAAAAAAUAAUGAAGUUAUUUAGUCUACUAUUACUUUUGCCAUUUUUCUAUACUAGUCUAUGUAGGGCUAGGGAAAUUACACACGAGGACAUAAAAGAUGCUAUGUUAAGUUUGGUGCAUAUGAUGCGAGAGAACACUGAAAAAUUAGAAAGACAUGAAGCACGCGAAAGACAAUUAGGAGAACAAUUAAAAAAAGCUAUCUCUGCAUUAACAAAACGAGUAUCUGCCAUAGAUGGAAUGAAAUUGGCUAAAUUGGAUGACAGAUUAGGAGGAAUUGAACAAUUAAUCGCACAGAGAGAUGAGCGAGAACGUAUACAAAUGCAGAAAACAGCGGAUGCUUUAGAAGAUUUGGAAGUUAGAUUGGAAGGAUGGUUAACGGAUUUAGAAACUAAAAUAACUAAAGCUCAGGAAGAUUCCAAUACAUCAUUAAAUAAUAAAGAAAUAAAUCCUGAACUUUUAUCCAAGUUAAAUAAUACUGAAUCGUUGAUCAUGGGACACAUUACAGAUCUUGAAUAUACUAUGAAAUCAACAUCAAUGGAGUUACAAGAUACUAUGACUAAUCAAUCAGAAAAAGUACAGUCAAUGGCUAUGAAGUUAGAAGACAUUAAUGAUAAUUUUAAAAAUGUUAAAAAUUCGAUAGAAGUUAUCAAAGAAUCAUCCAAAUCUUCAGACAAACAUGUAAGCGAGCAAUCAAUUAUUUCUUUACUAGUACAAGAACAAAAUAAAGCAUUAAAACAUAUCGAAAAAUUAGUUAAGAAUUCUAUAGAAGAUAUUCAUGAACUACCGCAAGUUAAUGAAACUCGAACAUUGCACAACGAAACAGAAUCGCUUUUACAAGAAACCAAACAUUUGAUUAAAGAUAUUAUUAUUAAAGAAAGUAAUGAUAUAAAAGAUAAAAUAUUGAAGAGUAAAGAAGAAUCAAAAGAUACAGUUGAAUCGUUGAGAAUGGCUAUGGCGGAUAAUUCUAAUCAUGUAAGCAAGGAAUUACAUGAUCUUAGUAAAGGUCAAUCACUAAUGGUUUCCAUGGCUGAUCAUGUGUUAGAUACGAAAAAAAGAGUAGAAUAUGGAGUACAUCAAAUUCUUUUGGAAGUAGGAGACUUGGUGAAGGCACAGAGUAAAAAUAUUAAUAAUACAAUUAAUACAAGAUUCGAUGGUAUCUCUAAUGAUAUUAUGGACAAUCAAAAUGGAGCUUUAGCUAAUUUAACUACUAAGAUGGAACAAGAAAUGAAUCAGGUGUGGAGGCAAAUAAACGUAAUGUAUCAGCAAAUGACGGAAAGUGCGAGAGCUUUAGAUAAAUUACACAAACAGAAUGAAGUUUAUAUUAAUGGUACAACUUCUACUAUGGAUGGAAUGGAAAAUAAAGUAAGCGAAAUAACGAAACGUAUGACAGAAGUAGAUAAAAACUUAAAUUAUCUAUUGGGUCGUCUUUUAUUGGUAACGCAAGAAUUUACUCAAAUUAAAAGUGGAUUAGGUACGGCAUUAGAUAAUAUUAAAGCAUCUUUCAAAGAGGUGCAAGAAAAAGCCCGUGAUUUAAGUAAUCCAGGACCAUAUCCACUACCUGAAAGUUAUAGUGAAUUAAAUGAAGAAAGAACUGAUUAAUUAUCUAUGCAUAUAAAAAUGAGAGAUAUAUUUUAAAUGAGGUAGGAACCAAAGGAGUUAGAAAUAUGAAUAUUUUAUAUACAUAUGUUAAAUACUUGACGAUAUACAUAAUACAUUGAAAGUUUUUGUAACUAUUUUUAUUUUUAAUUUUAUAAUUUUUUAGAUAUAUCAUUUUUUAUUGUGUAUUAAAGAUAUUAAAUAUAUAUAUAAAUAUAUAUUAUAUACAUAUUUAGAACAUAACUUGAACGUGCCGCUCAUUUUUUAUACAAUGUUUUAAAUAAUAUAAUUAUAUUAAAUAAAAAUUUCUAUAUAUUAUAUACUUAUCACCCAUGGUUUUGUAAUGGUGUUUCAUUGAAGUCUAUGGUGGAAGCAUAUACAUAUAUUACUCAAUUUUAUGUUACGUCAUCCGGAAGCUAGUCAAAUCUCAGCAUUGUGCAAUGAUUUUAUUUUUUAUGGAAUAGUUCACUGGAAAAAUAUUAGAAAUGAUUGGUCUUAAAAUAAGCGGAGAAAGAAUAUCAAUUACAGAGGUAAUUUUAAUUAAUAUAUUUUUGUGUAUAUUGUCUUCAAUAUUUUUUCAUUUUAAUUUUUGUAAAACAUCUUUGACGAUUUUAAUUGAAAAUCAGCUUUGAUUUUGAAUCCAUCCUAGAGGUUUAGUUUUAAUAUUUAACACGAUAAGAGUUUGGAGAUGUGUUCUAAAAGGAAAAAAAAUAGGAAGAAAAUAAAGUAGAAAGCACGAUCGUACCUUUGUUAGUUCGAAGUAAGGUGAAAUAUACCAAAAGGGGAACACGUAACUCGCGAAUUGGUAUGGUAUCUUUAAAGCGCGAUUAAACGACAGGAGAAUUUCGAUCACGAUCGAGAGAGUGCACCUGGAGAGAUCGAGAUAGAAGUUCGAAAAUGUAUGUCCAUCGAACUGGAGUGAAAAAACGAUUCCGUAUCUUCCCUUGACAAGAAUGACCUACAUACUCGACAUACCACGUUCCUCAAAGACGCAAGUUUCAAAUUGCGUCAUUGUCAUUUUUAUAUGAACCCAGAGAAUCGUAUAAUUAAAUCAUAAAAUAUUCUUUUAUAUAAGUGAGAAGUUAAUCGGACGCGGGGUAUUGUUAAGUUGCAAAUUAUUUCCUAAGGAAAAAAAAUGAUGGAUAAUCAAUGAAACAAUUGAUUUGGAUAAUUUUUAUUAGUCAAAUAAAAAUGGCCGAGUGAUAAAUGAAAAAAAAUUGAUUAAUCGUUUAACAAAUGAAACAUUUAAUAUUUUUCUUUUACAAUUGUACACAACGUUAGCAUACGUAAUUAGCGUACAAAAAUAAAAAUGAUCUAAGUACAUAUAUAUAUAUAUAUAAAUAUUUAGUAUUGCGCGUGAUAAAAUACAAGUUACGAAAUGGAAUGAUUAGGCGGGUAAACACUUCAUAUCGAUAAAACACUUUCCUCAUCUAUCACGGAUGCACCUGUGCUUUUUCGAAAGGCGCAAUGCGCGCACACACUCACACACAAAGAGAGAGAGAGAGAGAGAGAGAGAGGGAUAGAGAUGAGAAUCGGUAGAGAGAUGGACUGUUUUCUGUCUGGAUCGUGGUGCGUGCACUUGCAUGAGCACGAGCAGGAGCACGCAUGCAUGUACGUACUUUACGUAAGUGCGAUCAAGUCUUUCGAUGAGUAUUAUCUGGAGGGUUGGAUCAGUUGGUAGGAUCAGUAAGAAGGAUCGACUUCGCGUUGGAAUACUUUUCCGCCUGUCUUUCUCUCUCAAAUAAGAAGAAGUAAAAAAAAGAAGAAGAAGAAGAGGAGAAGGACUGCGUAACGGCAUAACGAUUUUCACAGGUGCAAUGAUAAUUACGACGUUCUCGUCGAGGCCGUGAAAGAGGAACGUGCGCGAACGUACGAUCCGGUACAUAUCGUAUCAUAUAUAUAUAUAUAUAUAUAUAUAUAUAUAGAUAUUACAGACGGUGGACACUUUCUCGGUGAACCGAAUCGAAGGCCUCCGGAAUCUACAGCUUGCAAGUAAUAACAGCUUUACGCGUUGAGAGAAGAACACCAAAGAGUAAUAUUUAUCCGCUUGCCGAGUCCGGUUUUCUGAUUCUCAGUUUUAUACGCAUAAGACGUGUUAAUACAUGUUUAUAACGUGUACGAGUAUUACCUAUACAGGUGUAUAUCUUUUCCA